AUGGCCACCGUGAGGGAUAAAACCAUCUUUAGCUUUGAGUCUGCUCAUCUCACAUUCUACCAGGACUUAUCCAUGAGCAUGCUACAAUGGAGGACUGUGAUCCCUUUAACCAACCAACUGAGAAGCGCAGUCUUAUCUCUCACGGUCCUUAAGGAUGGCUCUAAUAUACAAAUGACCUCUAUGUCGGAAGCUACGACCUUCCUUCAAGCUUUGCGACUCCCAAGUCACACCGACCUCUUCAUCAUCGACUGCUUUUCACUCUGGGAUCCUGAGAGAACAGCGUCUUUCAUUCCAAGAAGCAACCGAGGGUCGGCUGUGGUGACCUGA